AUGAUGUUAAAAAAAGAAAUCGCACCAAAGAUCAAAACGAGUAAAACCCCAUCGCCAAUAUCAAAAAUUGUCACAACUUCUCCAUCGCCACCACCUAUAGAAAAACUCAAGCCUAAAAAGCAGCCUUAUAAGAAAAAGAGAUCUAAAUCUUCAAUGGACUUCAGAAACAAAAACAAAAGCAAGCAUUCUUGAGCAGAAGAUCUGGUAAAAAUUGACAAAGAAGAGCUAAAAUUAAAGAGAACUAUAAAGCAGCUCAAUAAUAAAUGCAAAAUGAUAAUAGAAAAGACAAAACACCACACCCCUCCGCCACUUUCUAGUACAAUUAUUGAUAAAAAGCAGGAUUUACUUGACAAAUCUAUUUUAAAUAUUAGUCGAACUAUCAGAAAUCUUUCAAAUAAAUGCAAACUUAAAUUCGAUAAGCUCUCUCACAUCAUAAAGAGCCCAAAGCACAACAUCGUUCGGCUUCGAAAAUAA